UAUAUAUAUAUAUAUAUAUAACCCCUAUAAAAUAUCGUUAACAAUAAUGCCGUUUUGAAUUACACAAACGAGUUAAUAGUCAAUCAGGGAGGUUGAAAGAUAGUGGAUUACUGCUAGCUUGCUGUCAAUAUUAAACUAAUCAAUCAGGCUUAAUGCUGUGCAUUUUCCCCGCUGAAGAGUUAUGUAUUAAAUUAUGUGCUGAUGUAUACUCACAAUUGAUUCAUCCGUUCUCGAUCUCAGAUUGUGCUUUAUUGGCCUUUUUAUGCAACUCAACUUUCCAACACUUAUUUGUCUGCGAAACCGAUAAGGACGUGCAGUGCACCACCCCAGUCUGACCACCAGAUGGCGGCAGCAUCCAGUCGCUCCACGGUACGUUUUUAUUUAAGUUCCUAAACAGAUGUGCGACUGAUUUUGACGAACUCUGUUCUAAUUCCGCAGCUUAGAUGUUAUUAACACUUUUGAGGCAGAAAUAUGCAGAAUGAAGUUUGUCUUUAUUUUCUUGUCUUCUAUUGUAGCUCUUCUUAAGUGGAUUACAGUUACUGAACAGCAGAAUUCAGUGGAAAAAUGACACUUGAGCCAAAAUAGCAGACUGUUGACUGUUUUUUAAAUCAGUCUCUCUCUCUCUCUCUCUCUCUCUCUCUCUCUCUCUCUCUCUCUCUCUCUCUCUCUCGCUCUCUCUCUCUCUCAGAUCAAUCGCAUGUUGCUGCUGCGUAAAGUUGGAGACGUCAAGAAACAAGGCGGUGCCACGCUUGAGCAGAGGGGUCAUAUCCCUUCCCACACAGCAGCGUAUGCUCCUCCUCAACCAGGGGAAGCUGCUCUGCCUGCCCCUCAGUCACUCCUGGGAAACACUGGCAGGAGCUCGCAGCGGUCAGCAGCAUGAACGUCACCAAAGGACAGGACCCCUCGGCGGAGCAGGCUGCGUCUUUGUUUGGGGCUCCAGAGCUGGAGAGUCAAAGGAGACCCACUGGACGGGGAGAGAAGAGGAAUAACCACUGUAAAAUCAUCACUGGGGUUGUGCUGCUGUGCUUACUGGUGGUCAUUCUGGCCGUGGUGUUUUCACUGAGAAAGAGCAGCGAUGAAAAAGCUGAUGGGGAGCUCUGGUUGCAGGCCGCAGAUGAGGAACUUCAACAGCCACGGUGUCCACCUGGCUUCUCCAGGUCACCUCUCAUCCUGGUGUCCUUGGACGGUUUUAGGUCGCAGUACCUUGAAGAUCACAGCAGCCACCUUCGUGUCAUCAACAAGUUACGAAACGACGGAACAACUACGCCGUACUUGAGGUCCGUUUAUCCCACAAAGACCUUCCCCAACCAUUACAGCAUUGUAACUGGUCUUUAUCCUGAGUCUCAUGGAAUCGUGGACAACAAGAUGUACGAUGUGAGCCAAAACGCUUUCUUCAGCUUGAAAAGUGAGGAGAAGUUCAACCCAAAAUGGUACAACGGAGAGCCUGUCUGGAUCACUGCCAUGCAUCAGAAACUAAAAGCAGGAACCUUCUUCUGGCCUGGCUCAGAUGUAAGAAUCAACGGCUCUUUCCCAGACUUAUACAAGUUGUAUGACAGGAACAUUGAUUUCAAGCAGAGAGUGACAACACUGUUUGAAUGGCUCAGUUUACCCCAGGGAGAAAGACCUGACUUCUACACUUUGUACCUGGAAGAACCUGACUCAUCAGGACAUCGUUAUGGACCAGCGAGCAGCCAGGUCCUUGAGGCCUUGGAAAAUGUGGACAAGAUUAUAGGCAUGCUGAUGGAUGGCCUGACGCAGAGAGACCUGCACCACUGUGUCAACAUUAUCAUCCUAUCGGACCACGGCAUGGAGGAGGCUUCCUGUGAAAAGGCAGCAUAUGUGUCGACCUACUUGAACAAAACGGAUGGCUUUUCCGUCAUCCAAGGCGCGGCUGCUCGCAUCAGACCCAGUCGCCUUCCAGAAGAUUACUUUUCCUUUGACUAUGAGGGUCUGAUGAAGAACCUGUCGUGCAGGACCGCUGACCAGCCAAUGAGGCCGUACCUCAAAGAAAACCUCCCCAAAAGGAUGCACUUUGCUAACAACAGGCGUAUAGAGAGAGGACACCUCUACAUGAAGCAGGGGUGGCAGGCAGCGCUUAACCGACAGGAACUCAAGUAUUGCACCGGUGGAUUCCACGGCUCAGACAACCUCUUCGCCAACAUGCAGGCAAUCUUCAUUGGCUACGGUCCAGGAUUGAAGGAAAACACUGUUGUGCCUCCUUUUGAAAACAUUGAAAUAUAUAACCUCAUGUGUGAUCUUCUCGGCAUUCGUCCCGCUCCUAACAACGGCACUCAUGGCAGUCUGAACCACCUUCUGAAGAAUCCUGUCCACCAGCCAGUCCACCCAGCACAGCUCUCCCAUGACACCCCCUGUGAGGCCAGUGGCCCCGCCCCCGCUGACGACCUGCAGUGCUCCUGCACAUCCCAGAGCAAGACAGCGGUGACCGAUUUGAACAGAGAUCUCAUCUCAACGAAUUCCAGUGUCAAAGCCAGUUUACGUCGCCUACACCACCCCUUUGGUGACCCUCGAGUCGUCCAACCAGGCGCCACCUUUUGUCUUCUCCACCAAUCUAACUACCUCAACGGAUACAGCAAAGACCGCCUCAUGCCCCUGUGGGUGUCGUACACCACCCAGCCUCUGACCAGAGUCCGACCCCUCAGCCCAGAGAUGGAGGAGUGUGUUCGUGCUGACGUGCGCAUCCCACCGGCCAGCAGCCAGCUGUGUCUGCGCUACAGAAACAACUCCGAUCUGUCCUUCGGCCUGCUGCAUCCCCCUAAUCUAAGUGCCUACGGACCCGAGGCAGACUCUCUAAUCACGAGCAACAUGGCACCAAUGUUCCCUGCAUUUAAAGAUGCUUGGAUCCAUAUCCAUGAUGUCCUUCUUCCAAUAUAUUCACAACUGCUGAACGGAGUUAACAUCAUGAGUGGGCCGAUAUUUGAUGACGACUAUGAUGGAAACGUUGAUGCGCUCAGAGCAAUCUCAUGGAAUGAAGCGCCUGUCCCGACACACUUCUUCCUGAUCCUGACCAGCUGUGGGAACUCGACCUUGGGCCCUGUCGACUGCGAGGGUCCCCUGCAGGCCAAGUCCUUCAUCCUGCCCCACAGACCUGACCACACUGAGAGCUGUGCUAGCGGGUCAGACUUGACAUGGGUGGAAGAUUGGCUGCAGUUUCACACAGCGCGGGUCCGAGACAUCGAGCUCCUGGCGGGACUCAGCUUCUACCACGACAGGUUAUCAGUGGAAGAGACGCUACAGCUCAAGACGUUGCUACAGACUGCGUAAAAUCUGAGACAUUAUCAAAUGAAGCUUUCAUUUCCAGUUGAAGCCAUAUUGGUCUGCACCACAGGCCUAAGUCCACAUGGACACAGUUCACGGGUGCCUCAUUUGUAAAAGUUUCCUGAAAAUGUUGUCCAUUUGGGUUUAUUUGUCUGAUUCCCCCCCCCCCCCAAAUGUAUAAUUGGUCAAUGUGUGAUAGCUGUAUAUUUGUUGAUGAGGAUGUAUUUUUAUGGAUGGUUUUAUAGCUUGAGAGCUCCGCAGCUCUUAACCAAAGACGGCGUCACUUCUGCUGAGUGGCUCCAAAGUAUUUCCUCAGAUGGAAACAAAAUAAAAGGGAAAAUAAACUUGUAUUGAUGAAAGACAAAUUUAUUUAUACUACAGUUGGUUUUAUUGGCAGGGGCACAUCAAGAAACACAUGACAAUCUGGAAACAGUUGGGUCUGCUGGCACACAUCUGGACAGCUGACUGUAGCCGCCUUAAAAAAACACCCAAGAAUUUGUUGUACAAAAGGAAGCCUGCCAGAUGUGGUCAUUGUAUGUUCAUGGCUGUUAUUUUUGUCUUUUUUUUAUACAGCAGCAACAAUGUUGUUUUUUAGUAUUUUAUGUUUUUAUUUUAUUUUGAUCUUUGCUAAAUGACAUUUUGGAGAUGAGUACAGUUUUGAGUGUGUGUGUGUGUGUGUGUGUGUGUGUAUACGUGUAGCUGAAAUUAUGUCAGGGAUCAACACAAUUUCUGUUCACUCUUUUUUAUCUUUGCUUUUUACAACAAAAGUUUAAGGUCGGCAGGUAGUUUGAAGAAAAUAUAGAAUAGUUCAAAUAAUGUUGUCAUCUCCAUCACGUAUUCCAGGUUUAUUUUUUGUGAUUAUAAGUGGAAACCACGGUCAAAUACACAAUUUCAUAUAAAAACUCUAAUACACUUACA